AUAGAAAAUAUUCCAAAUGCUAUGCAAAUGCCUCAAAAAGCUAACUACUCUCAAAAAGAUUUAAUGUUGGUUGGAGCUUAUUGGGGAAUUCCUCUUCAACCCUCCAAAGACUUCAAAGAAGAAUUUAUGAAUAAUUCAACAUUAAAUCCGCCACGAUUUUUAACAGCCGUUAAAUUAAAUGCUCCAGAAUAUUUAAUAGAUGCAUCGCGCGAAUAUUGGAUGAUGGCAUGGAGUCGGCACGAGGCUUUUUAUGGAAUUGACACGAUUAUAGAGAUUUGUAAAAAGUUAAACAUCCCUGAAGAAAAAAAUUUAUUAGAAGCAACUCAAUCAACAGAUGCAAGUAAUUUGCUCAAGGAGAUAACAAACGAAGUGCUUAAAUUAGGGGCUUUUGGACUACCAUGGAUAACACUUAAAAGGAAUAUAUCUGGAAAUGAAGAGAUUUUCUCAUUUUGGGGCAGUGAUCGACUUCCUAUUAUUUGUAAUUUAUUAGGAAAGGAAUUUUAUGGACCUCUAAAAGAAGAUUUAAAUAAAAAUAUAAUUUGA